AUGCUUCCCAAAUCCAUACUCCCGCUGCUGGUGUCUCUAGCACUCGCCUUACCCGCCGAGUACUUCCCCGACCUCGACACCACCAGCAUCACCACCACCACUGAAUUCCACCCUCCCACGGGCGCCGGCGCCUCCUCCUCCUCCCACUGCAAGCUCACCUAUACCGUGACCUACCACGACACCUGGGGCCCGCUCUUCACUGAGAACCGCUACACCUGCGACUUCUCCAAGUCCUCCCACCACGCCGACACCGACACUGACACCCCCACCUCCACCACCCCCGCUCCUUUCCGCGUCCCCGCCCCCUACUCCCACCCCGCCGGCAACCACACCACCGACCCGCGCAUCGCCCCCGCCCCUCCGCGCCCCAUAACCUACACCCAGCACCUUCAAUCCUCCCUCUCUAAACACACCAUCACGCGCUACGGCUGCACCCCGCUCCCCUCCAGCAAGCCCCUCUCGCGCAACAAAUACUCCAACCUCUUCUGGGGGAUCCAGCAGCUCUCCAACCAGUCCUGCCUCGCGCCCGGCGAAGCCGCCGAGUUCGUGGACCUCUCCGACCGCGACUGGACCGCCGACUGGCGCUUCACCAGCGUCAAUCGCGGGGACAGCAAGGCGUGUGAUUGGUAUGGGGAGCUGGCGAAUAUCGCGAGGGCGCUGCAUUACUUCUGCUUCCAUACGCUGGGAAGGGCGGCGGAGGAGGAGUUUUCGGGGGGCGAGGAGAUUGUCGCGUAUGGGAGGGGGCAGGAGGCGGAGGGGGAGGGGAGCAUGAGGUGGUGUAUGAGGUAUUCAAAGAAGGGGUGGGGAGUGGGCGUGUUUGAGGAGAAGUGCUUGGGGGCUUGA